AUGUACGUUCGGGCCCCGCUUUACAGCGUUUUUCUAACAGCAGUUUUCAAUUUUACCCAUUCUUCAUUUAUUCAGACUUCUUACAAUAAAUAUAUUCACCACGGACUAAAAGUUAAGAAUGAAAAUAUUUUAAGAGAAAGGGAGGUGAUGACGUCACAACACAAGAUGUCGUUCUUCGGAGGCAACCCGUUUGGCACCCCUGUAGGCCAGAAGAUAGAACAGGCAACAGCAGAAACUCUACCAUCAGAAGACUGGGGACUUAAUUUGGAAGUAUGUGAUAUGGUCAAUGAGUCGGAAGAUGGCCCACGGGAUGCCAUUAAAGCCAUCAGGAAGCGUCUCGCCACCCAGCCUAAGAACUAUACUGUUGUCAUGUACACAUUAACAUUGUUGGAGUCGUGUGUCAAGAACUGUGGGAAGCGAUUCCAUGUUCACGCUUGCAGUAAGGACUUUGUGCAAGACUUAGUGAAGCUUAUUGGUCCAAAGAAUGAGCCUCCCGCUGCUGUACAAGAGAAAGUUCUCCUCCUCAUCCAAUCCUGGGCAGAUGCCUUUCGUCACCAGCCUGAGCUCUCUGGUGUUAGUCAGGUGUAUGCAGAGCUUAAGCAUAAAGGUGUUGAAUUUCCUAUGACAAAUUUGGACACAAUGGCUCCCAUCAUCACACCCCAGCGAACGACUACAGCUCCAGAGCCACGUCCUCCUCGUGUGCCUCAGGGUACUGUGACUUCUCCUCGUCGCCAAAACCCCCACCAACCUACACCCACUCCUGCUGCCCCAGUUUCUUUGACUGCUGAACAACGAGCCAAGUUGCAUAGUGAACUGGAUGUUGUGGAAUCAAAUGCUAAAGUCUUGGGAGAAAUGCUAGGAGAACUCAGCCCGGGAAAGGAGCACCAAGAAGAUUUACAGUUGUUACAGGAGCUUCAUGCAACUUGUAGAGCGAUGCAGCAGCGAGUGGUUGAACUUGUGGGAAGGGUCAGCGACGACAUUCUCACCGCCGAUCUUUUACGUAUUAAUGAUGAUCUUAAUAACCUCUUCCUUAGAUAUGAUCGCCACAUGAACAAGGUAAAAGGCCUCAGUAGUCCCACCAAGUCUCCACAGCCACUCCACACACAACCCCAACAGACUUCAGAACCACAGCGACCUCCACAACCACAAGAAGUGUCUUUAAUAGACCUUGCUGAUGAACCCCCCUCUGCACAGCUGGCCUCUCUCACUGUAGGAAACUCCCCAAAAGCAAAGAAAAAUGAAGAUGCUGACUUCGAUAUGUUUGCACAGUCACGAACAGCUACUUACGAAAACACUAAAACUAGUGGCAGCACGUACCAGGACAACAGUGAGAUAGAUGUUUCAUCUGUGUCUCUUGGCCGCACAGCACAGCUCAGACUUAAUCCAUAAAUCAGUGAAGUGAUGGGUGAGAGAACAGACGAAGCAUGGUUGUCACCCUUGGCUCACCCAAGCCCACAAACACCUGUGUGUUGCUUAACAAAGUCUUUCCAUUUCCCCUUAAUGGCUACUCUAGCCUGAAUAUUCUGCUUGCCACAAAUUUCAGCUGAAUACACUGCACCAUCGUAGAUGUUUUUAACUAGCUUGAUACACUGCCCCUCUCAUCAUAUGCCAAUCAAAUAUCCCUCCAGACCACUCCUUUUUUUUUGUUUAUACUUUUGGAUGCUGCUGUCUGCAGAGUUUGUUUUUACUUGUUACUCAGUUACAUCCCUUUAUAUAGCAUAUAUACUUUCCUGGGAAACAUCUUAACCACACCUUAGUUUUACCAAAAUUACAUACAGUCCAUGCAUCACAUAUUCUUCCCAAGUAACAAGCAAACCCUGUUUACUCUUAAAAUUGUAUUUCCCCUAUUAUAGUAUAGCAUAGCUUCUUGCACUUAACAGUAAAAUUUCAAGAGGCUUUAAAAUAAGUGAUGUUUUUCUGUUGUACAUUUUUGAUCAAACAUUUUGUGUAUCCCAACACUUAUUACACUAUUUACUCAUUGUUCAUGCACAGUACAGGUCAGCCAUCACUAAUCUGGCAAUCAGUUAUCCGGUUCCAUCAGUAAUCUGGCACUAAUUUCGGCUACCAUAAUUUCAAAUUUUAUCAUUAUACCGACUCAAAUUUCAUCAUUAUACUGACUCAGAAAUUGUGCAGAUGGUUGUAAAUCCACAGCAGCAAGCCAGUGGAGGAGAAAGCAGUGAUGAAAAUGAGGAAGAUGUAGCAGAAAGAGUAUUGAUAGGUUAAUUAAGUGUAUUCUAACCUAACCACUUUGUAAUCCAGCAAACUCGCUAAUCCAGCACACUACAGGUCCCAAUGAUGCCAGAUUAGUGAUGGCCAACCUGUAUAUGAUGAAGGCAUUCUUGUGACAGUUUAAUGUGAAGAGGAUGCAGAGUAUUUGGAAUUGCAUGUUCUGAAAGGCAUAAAUAUGUACUUGUUGAAAUUGCAUUUUAAAAAAUGCUUGUAUUAUACGUAGUUCAUUUAACUGGGACAACAUACAUGAGAACGACAGUGUGAUAAGGAUGAUUAUAUAAAUAUGGCACAGAAAAGCCUUUAAUACGAUUUGUUCCUUUUUAACAUGGCAAUGAUCUUGAACCCUUGUAAAUUUUGGCUAAUGAAAGCAUGUACAGUAGUACAGUUUUAACAAAAAUUAAAAAAAAAAAAGAUAUAAUUUAGCCUUCUGCAGUCAACUUUGUUAAUCUAAUUAUAAUGUAUAUAUUGUGCAAGUAAAUAUGACUAAUUAUGCCUUGUAGUCUCUUCAUUUUGACAGCGUGCUGGCUAAUUAAGGAAAUAAAGGUUUGAGGGAUCUAAGCCAAUCAGUGUUAUGAUUCAUAAAUUAAUGUUGAUAUUAUCACUCAGAUUCUGUAGCCCUUCUUUGUGAUUGUAUGUCUUAUAGACAGUGUAUCCCAUUACAUUUACAAAUGUUACUUCUUUCUUUUCUUUCAACACACCAGCCGUAUCCCACCGAGGCAGGGUGGCCCUAAAGGAAAAACGAAAGUUUCUCCUUUACAUUCAGUAAUAUAUACAGGAGAAGGUUACUAGCCCCUUGCUCCCGGUAUUUUAGUCGCCUCUUACAACACGCAUGGCUUACGGAGGAAGAAUUCUGUUCCACUUUCCCAUGGAGAUAAGAGGAAAUAAACAAGAAUAAGAACUAGAAAGAAAAUAGAAGAAAACCCAGAGGGGUGUGUAUAUAUAUGCUUGUACAUGUAUGUGUAGUGUGACCUAAGUGUAAGUAGAAGUAGCAAGACGUAACUGAAAUCUUGCAUGUUCAUGAGACAGAAAAAAAAGGACACCGGCAAUCCUACCAUCAUGUAAAACAAUUACAGGCUUUCGUUUUACACUCACUUGGCAGGACGGUAGUACCUCCCUGGGCGGUUGCUGUCUACCAACCUACUACCUAGGACAAAUGUUACUUAUAGCCCAUAAUUCGAUAUUAACCUUUUGUCACAUCAAAAAAAAAAAAAUAAUAAAAAAAAAAAAAAAAAAAGGCAUACAAAAAUAGCAAAGUAAAAUUUGGCAAAAC